GUCGCCCAGGGAUUGACGGCCUCCCAGGACCCAUCGGAGACAAGGGGAAUUCAGGACCACCCGGGUUCCCAGGACCGGCUGGUCUUAAGGGUAGUAAGGGUGAACCGGGUCUUCCAGGAAUUAAGGGUGAAAGAGGAUUCAGCGGACAGGACGGACUCCCUGGCGCUCAGGGUGAGAAGGGCGACCGAGGCUUCCCCGGCGCCCCAGGCCAGCCCGGAAUCGACGGCUUGAAGGGGUCCCAGGGUCUCCCGGACCCGAGGCCCGUGGGCGUCCCCGGGGUCACCAUGAAGGGCGAGAAGGGCCUGCCGGGGCUGGCGGGAAAGCCCGGUCGGAACGGGGUCGACGGCCAGCCGGGUCAGAAGGGCGACGUCGGGUUCGCAGGUCUCCCGGGUCAGAGGGGUCCCCCAGGGGAUCCCGCUCCCCCGGGGCUGCCGGGCCCCAAGGGCGACCGGGGCCUAUCGGGGCAGCCGGGGCUCCCGGGGCAGGACGGACGCCCCGGUGCCCCCGGGGAGAAGGGGUACCCGGGUCUCCCCGGCGACAAGGGCCUGGCAGGGCCCCCCGGGCUACCAGGAGCGGCAGGACUCAAGGGCGACGUCGGGCUCCCGGGGCUACCGGGACUCCCCUGCCCCCCAGGCCCCAAGGGCGACAAGGGCAGCAGCGGCCUCCCGGGCAUCCCAGGGGAGCGGGGGACCCCCGGACCCAAGGGCUUCGCGGGCAUCCCCGGUCUGGUCGGCCGCCCGGGACCCCCCGGCCCCAAGGGCGAGCCAGGGCUCCCAGGACCCGCCGGACGCCCCGGGGUCCCCGGAACGAAGGGCCAGAGGGGCCUCCCGGGUCCCCAGGGCCCCAUAGGACCCGUAGGACCCGUAGGAAGCCCCGGGAUGGACGGGAUGCCGGGCGAGAAGGGACAGAGGGGCUUCGACGGGCUGCCGGGACCCGAAGGACCGAGGGGCAUGAAGGGAGAGCGGGGCUUCGACGGGGCCCCGGGACUGCCGGGCCAACGGGGCUUCGAUGGCACCAAGGGCGAGCCGGGCAGGGCUUGUUCCGACCAAGAGCAGCACUUCUCUGGCACUCUCAUAGUCAGGCACUCCCAGACGUCCAUAGUGCCAAGGUGUGAGGCCGGGCACUUCCGGCUGUGGGAGGGGUACUCGCUGCUCUACGUGGAAGGGAACGAGAAGGCGCAUCAUCAGGAUCUGGGUCUGGCCGGUUCCUGCGUUCGCCGCUUCAGCACCAUGCCCUUCAUGUUCUGUGACUUCAACAACGUGUGCAAUUACGCCAGCCGGAAUGACAAGUCUUAUUGGCUGUCCACUAAUGACCCCAUUCCCAUGAUGCCGGUGGCCGAUUCGGCAAUUAGGCCGUAUAUUUCGAGGUGCCACCACGUGCGUGGCGUUAGUGUGAAGCCCCGCGCGAACCGUGAUUCGCGGUUCACAUCAGUCAGUGCGCUGACGCAUCCCCGACUGGUCGAAUGGAAGUGGUUCGGUCUGUGGGAUCGCGGAUAUUCAAAGUUUUCGGCGUCAUUCACUAAGGGGUCACCGGUCAUUCAGUCAGGCGCUGUAGACAUCCCCGACUGGUCCGCGACAACAGGGUUAACCAUCGGUCGGGUACUGCUUGGAUCCGCGGUCGUGUUCACAGUUCAGGCGGCUGAGCAUUCCGCGACUGUCGAAUUGGACUAUGUUGGGUCGGUUCAUAGUCAGGCGCUGAGCAUUCCCGACUGUCCGAAUGGUUGGUCGGGUCUGUGGAUCGGGUAUUCGUUCGUUAUGCACACGGCCGGCGCCGAAGGAGGCGGCCAGAGCCUCAGCAGCCCCGGGUCGUGCCUGGAGGACUUCCGCGCCACGCCCUUCAUCGAGUGCAAUGGCGCCCGCGGGACCUGCCAUUACUUCGCCAACAAAUUCAGUUUCUGGCUGGCCACCAUCGAGGAGGUCGCGCAGUUCUCCCGCCCCGUUUCGGAGACGCUCAAGGCUGGCAGUCUGCGGACGAGGGUGUCGAGGUGUCAAGUGUGUAUUAAGAACACUUAGGGUGGAUAUUUUAGGGUGAAUUAGGGUGCGGAGGGAGCGGAAGGGUGUGGAGGGUUGGGUGCGAAGGAGGAGGAGGAGGGAGGGUGAAGGAUGGAUAGGAUUGAGAGGGAUGAAGAUGAGGUGGAGGAGAAGUGGGUGUGGCGGCGAGGUUUCGAGAGUGAAAGUAGAGCAUCUUAGGAUGGGUCUUUUAUUGUGAAUUAGGGUUGAGAAAGGGUUGGAAGGGUGUUGAGAAGGAGGAGGAGGAGGAAGGAAGAAGGAUGGAUGACAAUAAAGAUGAAGAGAACGAUGGAAAUAGACGAAAAAGAGAGUGAGAGAGAGGUUUGAAGCAGGUUCGAAUCUCGGAUUGAGAAGGUGCGAAUAACGGUCCUUCUGAGGGGCGAAUAACGGUCCCUUUGAGGUGCGAAUAAGACGAGACGAGGAUUGGUUAGAGAAGAUAAACACCCCUUCAAUUCCAUUCAAAUAAAGACAGGAGGAAAGGAUAGCGAAUGGAUAAAGGACAAGAGGAAAGAGAAAAGGAUAGAGAGAACGGAGGAUAAAGGACAAGAGGUAAGAGAAAAG